UCAUCACAUUCUCUCUCUCUCUCUCUUUCUCCUUCUCUCAUUCACACACACAGAAAUUACAGAAUGAGCUCAACUCCUGGAAACCUCAAGGCAACUCUCGCAGGAAGAAGAAGAAGAAGAAGAAGUCUCAGGCCGACGCGUGGCUAUAGCCCUAGAGCUCGAAGAAGCUUUAACAAUGGUGGAGAAGGAGGAGGACGCAAAGCGUUGAAGUGUUCCAAGGUGGUCUCAGCCAAAUUGGAAACCCUGAAAAACCUCAUUCCAAACGGGAAGAGUAGUAGUGCUAGUGCGGUGCAGGCGGACAAGUUGUUCCAAGACACAGCGGAUUAUAUCGUUCUGUUGCGAACCCAGGUGGUGAUUUUGCAGAAACUCAUUGAGGUUUAUGGAUCUAGUAGUAUUGAGAAAGAAGAUAAUACUAAUGCUGCUGUAUUAUAGUUUAGUUAUUUGGCAUCUUUAAGUAAUUUUGUCAAUGGAAAAAAGAAAAAGAAAAAAAAGAGAGGGUAUUUAAUUGGGUUUUAGUUUUUUUUUGGUUCUGCUUUAAUUUAAUUUGGAAGUUUAGAUUUUGCUUGCUUUGUUUGGUUGAAGAUCUUCUACCACACGAGGCUCAACCUACUCACAAAAAUUAAGUUUCAAAUGAUCUUUUCGUCACAAGAAUUUUCG